UAAACAAACAUGAGCAGGUGUUGCGUUCGGAUCAGGACAGAUCAAGAUCAGGAUAAUUCGGUUACAAUAGCGUGACAACAUGUAAUGUCGAACGCAGAAUUAUUACAGGAAAAUAUAGUUGUUACUCGUAGUUUAUACUUACUUAUUUUAAUACUUACUAGUAAGGCGAUUAUUCGGAUCGAAAGAUGACCGAAGAUCUGUUAGUUAAAGAAAAAGAAUUUCGCCAACUGAAUAAAGAACUCGAACAAAGAGCGAAUGAUUUAAUGAGAAACAUAGAUCACGUUAUAAAUACUUAUAAUAACGAACGUUCGAUAUCCAAUUCGAAAAUACGAGUCACGAGUUCUAUUAAUGAUCAAACAGAAAUCUCCGAAAACGUAACGAGACGAGAAAAUGAUAAUAUUCAAGUUUCAGUUAAACGAGGUGCAUCCUUACCAUAUGUCUUUGGUGCAGUAUCUUCAAAAUUGAAAACUGAUUCACAAAAAGAUCAUGUAAACGAAGCAUAUAAAAGAGGAAAUUUAACUCAUGAAACAAUUGUCAAUUUAUUUAAAUCAAAAAUAGAUAUAUUGCAAAAGGAAUUGCAAACAUUACAUGUAGAAUAUAAAAAGAAGUGCGAUGUUUGCAAAGAUUUGGAGAUUGAAUAUAAAAAAGUUGAAACAAAAUUGCAAAAUGAAAUAGAUUCGUUAAAGGAUAUAAUUGUAAAGCUGGAAGACACAAAUAAAGAGUUGCAGGGUCAAGCUCAGGCAUUAAAUACAGAAAAUUCAAUUGUAAAAAAGGACCUGGACAAACUACAGAAACAAAUUAAAGCACUGAAUCAACAGUGUAACAAUUAUAGCAUGAGACUAAAUAGAUCAUUAGAAAAUAAUGACAAACUAAGAAGUGCGCUGAAAUGUUCUCAAAUAGAAGAAAAGGAAUUAAGAAAUCAAGUCAGGAAACUACAGGAUGAGAAAAAACUGACCGUCAGUAGUCUAGGAAAACAACUUACAGAAAUAGUUCACGCAUUUAAAAAACAAAUGUUAGUUGUGGACAACUUAAAGAAGCAAAAUGCGUGCCUAAUUACUAUUGGACAACUGAGAUUUACUAAAGAAGAUUUUUUGAGAUUAUUGGAUCAAAAACCCGAGUGCUUAUGAUAAAUUGUAUAUAAAACAUUUAUUGAAUGACUGCUACAACUUAUACACUGUGAAAGAUGGAAUAAUUCCAUUUCAUAGCUACAAGUAUUAUACAAUUUUAUUUUACAACAUGUGUUUCUUAAUAAUAGUCUUCACAGAAAAAGAAUUUAUGUAUUCACGCUUCGCAUAUUCUCUACCAGAGCAUUGUGAUUUUUGAAAACCAGAUUUUUAACUUAAAAUUUCGUACUACAAUCUUGAUUUCUCUUUUUCAUUCUUAAUCUUUUUUUACGUGAAAUAAAUAUACUUUUUAAAUUACGGCAUAAUCGUAGCAAUUAUUCGAUUGCGCUAUACAAAAUAGUGAUGAUACUUGAUAAGUUAAUGGGAUCUGCAACAAAAGAUUCCAAAGCAAAAUAUAUAAAAGGUGGGCUCUCAUGGUUACCAUGGAAAUCAUGCAUUCCAACGUCGUUCUAUCUCGAUGUUUCAUUUAACAUCGUUCAAAAAGUAAUUGGAUAAAAAUUGCAAGAAGAUAUACGAUUGAUUUCCAUUGCAACUGUAUUGAAACGAAAGUUUCUACUUUAGAUACGAUUAAAUGACUUUUUAAACUUAUUUACACAUUAAGUCCUAUUUUGUGCACGAGCAAUAAAAAUGGACAACAAUGAAUUUUAGCUGUAUGUACAAAAACCAAAAUAUUAAUAUGUUCCAUAGCUGGCAUGUGUAAAAUGAUCGACACGAUUUUUUCGUACACAAUACACGUUAAUAGGACACACAUCGAAAAUAAAAGUGUUCAGAUAUAUAUAUAUAUAAAUAAAAAAACAUCGAUGUUAUUUUCAAUUGCAUUACGCACAGAUUUUACAAAUCUUAAUCCUGGCAGUGAAGAAUUUUGUAUGUUCUACCUUAAAUAAUAUACCGUCGUAUGAUUUCUAAACCUACGAGAAUAAUCGAAUCUAGAAAUUUUCACGUGUAAUCAAUUAAACGAUGUUAAACAUCAUACAAAAGUGAAUAAACACGACGUACGUAUCCGCACUUUCGGACGAAUGCGUGCUGCACAACCUUCUCUGAACAAUUCAAUGCUUCAACGUUCGAAUUCAUGCUAAUGUUUUUAUUAUAAUAAAAUACAUUAAGUUAA